AUGAAGCUUCUUGCAUCUUAUAAUAGAGCUUCACAAAAUAAACUACAAAAGUUAUAUAACAAUCAAAGCUCCAUAUGUGAUGAUGUCAAACUUCAGCAACUUCUUGAGAGAGAUGACUUAUGUUUAAGAAAAAAAAUAGGACCAUGGAAGUAUCUUAAAGAUUUACCAAUUGCUGAUCAUUAUCAAUAUCCAAUUGCUAUUGCAUUUAAGAUUGUAGAUAGAAGCAGAACUAAAGAGAAAGCUAUAGAACUUGGUUAUACUUAUGAGUUAUUUAUUAGAACUCUAUCACUUCCAGAAAUUACAAAAGAACACUUGUGCAAUAAUAUGUUUGCUAAUUGUUUAUCUGAAGAAUGA